AUGCAAGGAAAUGAGUAUCCCCAUUUUACUUGGUGGAGCUCAGUCAAAGAAGAUGCUGAAUUUGGAAAAGCAAGAAUACUCUGGGCACUGAAAGAACCUGCCAAUCUAAGUACACAGAAGCAACAGAAUACAUAUUCUAUGCCCUACAAGCGGAUCUACAAAUUUAAAACUAGAAAGGACAAAGACGAAGAGCUGCCGAAUAAAGCAAUCAUAAAUGUAAAAGUUUUCUUGAAUCUCUCGAUCGAUUGA